UAUUAAAUCCUAGUUGGGUUCCCACUUUCAAUCCGACCGUUUGAGAGUGAACAGAGAAGGCCAGGAAUGGAAGCCAUCUCGAACGGAGCUCCAACCCUAGAAGCCACCCCCGCAAGCCAUGACGACCACUGCCACCAAAUCGGCGGCGAUGGCGGAGCCGCCCAAGGCAACGAGGCUCGGAAAUUAUCAAGCUACGAACAGUUGCGAGAAGAGAGGAUCAAAGAGAACCUCGUCAGGAUGCAACAGCUCGGCCUGUUCGACCUCUCCCUAAAACUCAAGUCCGUCAAGCCUCCCCGCAAGAACAACUACAAGUCCUCCAGUUGCAAAAAUCCUGCCUCUCCGUUGCCGCCUUCCGAGCCUCGGCGCCGCUCUUCCAGGUUGCAGAAUACCCCACCAGUAACCUACUGUGAAGUUUCUUCCUCAAAGAAGGACGCAUCUUCUAAAGUCGAGCUUAAUUUUCUAAAAGAGGGUCCAAUGCCAGAGGUUUACACAGAUGAACAUGAAAAGCUGUUGGGUAGCACCAACAUGAGUUGGGCUCUUUUUGUGGACGGUUAUGGACAGGAUGGGAAGAGGAUCUAUGAUCCAGUCCAGGGAAAGACUUGUCACCAAUGCAGGCAGAAAACCCUUGGUCAUCGUACAUGCUGCAGUAAAUGUGACAUGGUCCAAGGACAAUUCUGUGGAGAUUGUUUGUAUAUGAGAUAUGGGGAGCAUGUUCUUGAAGCAAAGCAGAAUCCCAACUGGAUUUGUCCUGUAUGUAGAGGAAUUUGUAAUUGCAGUUUGUGCCGGACAGCAAAAGGAUGGGCUCCCACUGGCGCUCUGUAUAAGAAGAUUUCUCAACUAGGCUUCAAGUCAGUUGCACAUUAUCUCAUCCAGACCCGACGAUCACAGACUGAUCCGGAUAAAACUCCCGGAACUAACAUUCCGGUUUCUGCAAAAAGGUCACUAGCCUUCUCUGAUAUGGAACCACCAUCAGAGGAGAAGGGGUCCCCUGUAUCCAGUGAUUAUCAUCAUGGAGUUGUAACUCAUGGAUAUGAAGAAAAGAAGGCAGCCGAUGACGAGUUCAAAGGUGAAAAAUGGGAGGAAACCCAUUUUUCAGAGACAAAACAUGAUGCUAGCAAUAUUGCAUCAGCAGCCACCCAAGAGCCCAACAAGAUGCAACUCAACACUGCAUCCUGUGAUUAUCUCAUGGCAUUGUCAAAGCCUGAAUCUGAGGAUGACAAAACAGAUAAUAUGCUCGAAGAUGAGGAAGAGAACAAACAUGGUGACCGCAUGGUUGGAGUGGAAAGCACCCCAAAGUCAAAAAGAAAAUCUCCUCUUGUCCCUGAACCAGCCACAUAUAGUAUUGCUGGUAUACUAAGGCAGAGUCUGGCAGGAAAUUUGCAUGGAAACGUCAGUAGUUACCCAAGAGCUGAUGACGAGUUUAAAGGUGAAACAUGCGAGGAAACACAUAUUUCAGAGACCGAACACUACAGUAAUAUUGCAUCAGCAGUUACCCAAGAGCCAAACAAGUAUGAUGCAGUCAACACCGUAUCUUGUGAUUACCAUAAAGCAUUAUCAAAGCCUGAACCUGAAGAUGACAAAUCAGAGAGCAAGCUUGAUGGCAAGUUUGACGAAAACAAACAUAGUGACAACAAUGUUGCAGAGGAAAGAACCCCAAAGUUAAAAAGAAAGUCUCCCCGUCUCCCUGAACCAGCCCCAGAUAGCAUUGCUGGUAGGCUAAGGCAGAGGCGUCGUAGAGGCAAUGUGCAUGAUGAAGAGUUGAUUGGGGGUGAACAAGGAGACUUGAUUGUUAAAGCAGGCUGUACAAAGUGUACGAUGAAAAACUGAAGCAAAUUAAGUUGGCCUGAAUCUAGUUAGCUCCUUCAGUCCAAGCAUGAAAAUAUUGCAGGAAGGUUGACCAUUUUCUGUUUCUUAGCUGAAGUGCAUUGGUUUUCAUCUGCAUGAAUCAAUUUUUUAGCUAUUUUGUCGAUCCAGCAGAAGUGCUAGUUGUUGCGAGGCAAUGUUUUGUAGGUCUUAUUGUGUCUUGAGGAUAUGCCUCGAGCAUCAUCGCAAUCUAGAAAAAUAUGCAGAAUCUGGCUUUUUCGGAACUGUUACAUUGCUUAACCCGUUUGUUCAAAACUCACUUGGUUCCAGAGUUUUCCGCACGGUUAUGAGUGCAAGAUGUGAUCGGAGAAAGGUAGCCCGUCUAUCUAAAUGAU